AUGCAGGUAAUAGAAGAAAUUAAAAAGAAUGUCAAAAAACAGUUGGAAAAAAACUCGAUAGUAAUUGAUCACAGUGAUACAGAUCCUUCUAAAGCACGAGAAGUUUUACGAAAAGCCCAAGUAGGGCAAUUUUUAUAUCAAUUAACAUUCGAUGUAUCGGAUGAUCUAUACGAUAAAUUAGAAAUAAAAGGAAUUGUUAGGUUAAAGAGCUUUAGUCCUGAUUUCAUAGAAGUUAUUGAAGAAGAUGGUGAAAAAC